GAAAAAUGAAUAGCCAUGCCUCCCCUCAAGUCAAAAGGCCAAACUGUGGACAAAAAACCGAAGGCAGAGGAGGUAAAACCAGAAACCAAACGGCAGAAAAACGAGAAGAACUCUGAAUCCAAGACGACCCAGCCGUCGCCUAAAGUGCCAAAUGGUAAACAAAAACAUAAAGGUGAGUCGCCCGCUCCGGAGAAAGGAAAGACAUGUGAAUCCAACGCAAAGGGUAGGACUAAUAAAGACGCUCAAAAGAGGGGCACAGCACAGGACGCAAAACGACCAGCAGACGCUGGGAAGAGGUCUGUGAACGGUAGAGCUGUGAAACGGCGAGUUAAAAAGAAAGGUGAGCGUCAGGUCAUUAAAGGAAGGGCAAAUAAAGCCGGUGAACUCCCAGCAUCUCCGAAGGCGGUCAAGAGAAAGGUUGGGCCACCUUCCAAGAAUGUCCCAAGACAACAGUCGUCCGAUUCCGAAGACGAUGAAUCUGAGUGUGUCAGAAGUUCAGAGUCAGAGAGGGAAGAGGAGGAUAGCAAAGAUGAUGAGGAGGAGGAGGAGGAGGGGGAGGAGGGGCCAGGCAGUAACGAAGAGCCGGUGGAGACGCAGGGGAGCAGCGAAAGCAGCGACGGGGAGGCGGAGGUGUCCGAUUCACUGAAGGACCUGAAGAGAGACACGGAGGGGCCGACAGCGGGAGAGGAGUCCGAUAAAGAGCCCUCGGAGAGAGCGGAGACGAGGAGCGCGACAGAGGAGGAACCAGACGAAGAGGACCAUGCAGAGGAGGUCCCAGAGUCUGAGGCGGCCCACAGCGACAGCAGCGAUGGAGGGGAGGAGGUAAGGAAGGAGCGCACGCCUGAAAGACAAACCACUGGUAGAGGCGUACGCGGUGGACGCAGACAGACACCGCGGGCCACCGAACCUCCGCAGCGACAGAGAGGCAGGAUGUUUAAGAAAACAAAAGCAGAUAAGCAGGCGGAGAAGGCUGAGAGGGCCAGGGCCAAGGCGGAGAAGCAGAGGGCUGAAAAGGAAGCCAAACAAAAGGCAAAGGAGGAGAAGAAGAAUAAAAAGAAGAACAAGAAGCAGGGGGCCAGCGCGGAGCCGGAGAAGGUCGAGCCGCCGGAAGGUCCGAACAAAACUGAAAAGGCCAGGAGUAAAGCACAGCUCCUUCUCCUGGCCAACAAAACCAAGAACAUCAAACAGGUGACCGUUGGCUCAGACACUGAUCCCGAUGAGGAAGAAGAUGAGGAGGAGGAGGAGGAGGAGGAGGAAGAGGCCACUCCGACCUUAUUGCCGGCCACCAAAAGCCGAAGCCAGCUGAUAAUUCUCAAAGCCAAAAGCACAAAACUCAAGACCAGCCUCCUGUCCAAAGCAGCAAAAGAGGGCCAAAGGGAGGCGGGCGACCCCUUGGUGAAUCCCAGCGAGGAAGCGUCAGAAGGUGAGUCCAACAAGGCCAAUGAACGCUUGCUGGCCCGAAAGAGAGGCGUGGCCACUCUCCGUCGAGUGUCCGGCUGGAUCAAUAAGAAAAUCCCCAAAAGCUUCACACUGAAGACCAAAAUGGUUCCUUGGUGCAAAGUCAUCAGCAUCUCCAACUGGAUCUCCCUCCGUGCCCUCAAACCGAAGGAUGGGACCAGAAAGUCAAAGGGCAACUUCCUCAAACACAGGAUGGCUAUGAGAAUGGCAAGUAAAACCACCCUGUCCAGUGUGAGGAGCAGGAGCGAUGGGAAGGACCGGCGGUCCACAGAGAAGGCCGUUCCUCAGGGACAGGUUGGGGAAGGAGGGGACGAGACGGUCCCUGUAGGGGACAAGGAGCUAGAGGCCAAGUACGCCGUGGUCCUCCCCAGGAUUAACAAACCUGGACUGGCCAAAGCGCUAACGGUGGCCUCUGCCCCUACAAACAGCACCCUGACUCUAGGUUCUGCCACGCCUUCAACCCCCAAACCUCCUAAGCCAGGAGCCCGCCUCGUGCUGCCUGUAAAACCAGACCUCAGCCUCUUGAAGUGCAUCAAGAAGCCCGUGUUAGGAGGCUCGACGGCCGGUGGCGAGUCCGUCGAAGGGGGAACCGUCUCGGGUGUCAGAGCGACCGCGGCUCCCUCAGUGCCCGAGGGAUCGUCUGACAUCCGCGCGAGAAGCCGUCAGGCCCCCUUGGAAAAUCAAGACGGCGUCAGCGUGCUCCAGGCGGCUCGAGGGAAACUGGGAACCCGCAAUCUCAACCUGACCAAGACCUCCCUCUUGGGGGGGUCCUCUCCCGCCUCGGGACCGGCCCGGCCUCGGGGGCCCAACCCAGAGAGGGAGGCGGUGACCAGGGGGCCCAGGGCCACAGCCGAGGCGGUGGUUCAGAACGGAGGGACGGGGAGGAUGGGGACGGGAGCCACCUAUGAGGAGGAGGCAGACCGGGAAGUGGCCCAGUUGAUGUGUGAUGACGAGGCCACGUAUGCCGCCGGCCAGCCGGAGAUCCACUGGGCUGGGUGUGCGCAGAUGACCGGAGACCCUCAGGACUGGCUGCGGGGUGAGAACCUUCUGCCCCACCAGACCGUGGAGAAGCUGACCAGGCGGACGGUCUACGACGACGACGACCGAGGGCGGGGCCUGACGGCGCCGGCACACAACGGCAGAGGCCCCUGGGAGUCGGAGGACCCCGCGCAGGACAUGCUGGAGAGCCGACUCAACAGCACCCAGGUGGUGAUGGCAGGCAGUGAACAAGCGGUAGAGGUGGAUGAGGUUGAGGAUCUCGCCCAGCUUGACGAAGUGUGUGAGAGCUCUGUGCUUCUGAACCUGAAGAAGAGGUUUCAUCGAGACUGCAUCUACACGUACAUCGGCGACAUGCUGAUCUCAGUGAACCCCUUCAGGCCUCUCCAUAUCUACACUGAGGACAGCCGUCUGCAGUACCAGGCCAAGGCGAAGCACCGCAACCCCCCUCAUGUGUACGCCAUAGCAGAGGCGGCCUUCACACACUCACAGAACACUGCCCAGGAGCAGUGCAUCGUCAUCAGUGGCCAGAGUGGAUCGGGGAAGACAGAAGCCACCAAGCUGAUAAUCCACUACCUGUGCUCCAUGUACCAGGGCAUGCAUGACAACCUCCGCCAGCCCACGGAGGUGCUUCCCAUCCUGGAAAGUUUUGGAAAUGCCAAGACCAUCCUGAACAACAACUCCAGCCGCUUCGGCAAGUACCUUCACAUCCACAUCCUCCAAGGGGUUGUCGUAGGGACCUCGCUGUCCAAAUACCUCCUGGAGAAGUCCAGGGUGGUCUUUCAGGCACGGGAGGAGAGGAACUUCCAUGUGUUCUAUGAGCUGCUUGCCGGCAUGAAUGACUGGGACAAACAGGAGGUAUACCUGCAGGGAGCAGAAACAUACUACUACCUCAACCAGGGGGGUGCGUGUGACCUGAGGGGGAAGCAGGACAAGCAGGACUUCCAGCUGCUGGUCCGCUGCUUCCAGACCAUCGGUCUCCACGGCGACCAGAUCUCCACCAUCUGGGCCAUCCUCUCCUCCAUCCUGCAGCUGGGCAACAUCUGCUUCAGCUCCUAUGAGAGCGACUCCUUCGAGGUGGCCCGUAUCUUCAGCGAGGCCGAGGCGCGGCGGGUGGGCUCCCUGCUGCAGAUCUCCUCCGAGGCACUGCAGACCGUCAUCACACACCGGGUGACCGAGACUACCUAUGACCGGAUAUACUGCCCUCUGUCGGUGGAAAGUGCCAUAGAAUCCAGAGAUGCCAUUGCCAAGGCGCUGUAUUCCGUGCUCUUCGAUUGGUUGAUGGAGGAGAUCAACGAUUGGCUGAGCCCCAGUGAGAUGGACAGCAGUGUGGGCGUGGUGGACAUCUACGGGUUUGAGGAUCUGGGCGUGAACAGCUUCGAGCAGCUCUGCAUCAACUUCGCCAACGAGCAGCUGCAGCAUUUUGUGAACACCGCCGUGGUCGCUCAGGAGCAGGAGGAGUACAACUCGGAGCAGAUCCCCUGGUACCCCAUGCAGCUAAAGAACUCUCACUCCUGUCUGGAGCUCAUUUCCUCGCGGCCGCACGGCAUCCUACGCAUCCUGGACGACCAGACCAGCCUGCCCCAGGCCACAGACCACACCUUCCUGCAGAAGUGCCACUAUUACCAUGGCAACAGCCCGUACUACGCCAAGCCCAAGAUCCCUCUGCCGGUCUUCACCGUUUACCACUAUGCCGGCGCGGUCACCUACCAGGUCCAUAACUUCCUGAACAAGAACCACGACCAGUUCCGGACAGAGGUGGUAGAGCUGUUCGCCCGGAGCCGGCUCAAAACGGUGUCCGCGCUGUUCCGGAAGCUUCAGGACGGCUACGCGCAGCAGAGAGAGCUGGGCUGGAGGGGGAGGGGCCUCCGACAGCAGCCCGCCACCGUUGCCUCGCACUUCCUGCAGUCGCUGAGCGAGCUCACGACCCGUCUGGAGAGAUGUAAAACCACUUUCAUCCGUUGCUUCAAGCCAAACUAUGUCAAGCUGCCCGGUAUCUUCGACGUGGACUACAUGUCGGCCCAGCUGAGGCAUGCUGGGAUGCUGGAGACCAUCCACAUCAGGAAGGAGGGCUUCCCGGUCCGCAUCCCCUACGCCUGCUUCAUGGAGAGGUAUGGGGUGCUGUUGCCCGUGCGGACCGAGGGGGUGUCGGACCGGGACCAGACCGUCUCCGUCCUGGAGAUGUUUGAUGCCGAGGAAGGGCAGUAUGAGCUGGGGGUCACCAAGGUGUUCCUGAAGGAGCGUCUGCACCAGCAGGUGGAGGAGAAGUGGAGCAGCACCCAGACCUGGGCGGCCGUCACCAUCCAGAGGAACAUCCGCGGCUUCAUCUGCCGCAGGAACUUCCGCUUCUUCAAGCAGAAGGCCAUCGUCAUUCAGAGCCACAUCCGCGGCCACCAGGCCAGGAAGUACUACAAGAGACUGAAGCAGUCCUUCACCCAGUUCUGGGCCACCAUGCUUAUCACCAGGAACACUAUCAAGAGACGACACUGGAGGAAGGUAGCGUGCACACGCACUCACACACUCCCACGCGCGCAUGCACGCACACACGCACACACGCACACACACAGAUACGCACAAACGCCCGCACGCUCAAACGCCCGCACGCACAAACACAUGCGCACAUGCACACACACACAUUUAGAGAAAUGCACACACAAACGCACACACACACAUGCACACACAAACGCACAUACACAUACUGAAGGCCAGCGCUGGCAGCAGAUAAACAAGGAGAAGAGCAGACUGAAAGAAGCCAGCAGGAAGAAGUCCAUACCUCCCGGGAUGGACGUGGGAAUGUUGGAGAUCCCGGCGGAGCUGUCGGCGAGGCUACGCGGGGCAGCCGGUCAACAACACGCGUCCAACGUGACGGAGGUGGCGCCCCCACUGGUGAAGGCCGAGAACAGACUGACGCUCCCGGCUGACGUGGACAGCUACCCGUUCUCCCGCUACGCCCUCUCAGCGCUCCAGGACACAUGGAGCCAGCCUCACGGUUACCCCCUGCACCGACCCCUCACCAGCCUGGACCCCGACGACGCCCACACAGCCCUGGAGCUCCACAAGCUGAUCAUGCGCUUCACCGGCGAGUCGGAGCUCAGCGGCUGGCAGGAGCAGCUGCUGGGGAACUACAUCGUGGAGAAGGCCCAGGCCCGGCCGGCCCUCCGGGACGAGGUGCUGGCCCAGCUGGUCCACCACACCUGGGGAGAGGAGGGGCAGGCGGGGGCGCUGAGGGGCUGGCUGAUGCUGGCCUGCUGCCUCAGCGCCUUCGCACCCUCGCCGGCCAUGGACAAGCCCCUGCUCAAGUACGUGUCGGACCGCGGGCCGGGGGAGUACCGGGCCCUGUGCCAACACAAGCUGCUGAGCUACCUGCAGCUGCCCAGCCCCGCCCCGCGCCUCCAGCCCCCCACCCAGCUGGAGUGGACCGCCAACCAGAGGAAGGGCAAGAUGGUGCUGGACGUGGAGACCUUCAACGAUGAGAAGUUGACCUCAGAGGUGGAUUCCUGGACCACUGGAGAACAGCUGGCCUCCUGGCUCCUCUUGCACAGAGGCGUGCCUGAAGCCCCCCUGGGCUGGUCUGUGUCUCUGCUGGACGACGACGGCUGGUCGGACCUGGCCGGCUGCGACUUCGUCAUGGACCUCCUGUCCCAGGCGGAGGAGGACGCCUCGCCGCUCGGAGACUACAGCUACAGAGGAGGAGGAGGAGGAGGAGGAGGAAGGAUGGAGUUCACCGACCAGGAGAGCUACAUCCCCGCGGCCCCCGCCAUGCAGGCCCCCCGCCUGCCCAUGUCCGGUGAGGCAUGGAGCCGCGAGCAGCCGGGGGCGGCACGUGUUCGCCAAAUGGACGACUAUGUGGAUGACCUGUUUGACUCUGUUCUGGAACCAGGAACCCCAGACAAUGAGAGGGUGGCCAUGUUGAACCGAAGGAUGAGAGGAGCUGGAGGAAUCGGACCAAUGCAUGGGAUGUAUGGAGCUGGUAUGCCUAUGACAAUGCCAGGCUAUCCCGCUGGGAUGCCAGUCAACCCAGCCAUGCAGGGCUACGGUGGAAUGCCUAUGAUGCCAUCCAUGCCAUCCAUGCCAUCCAUGAUGAUGCCCCAGAUGGCAAUGCCUGCACCUCUGAUGCAGAUGGAUCCAGCCCAACAAGCUCUGAUCAACCAGCAGGCCUUGCUCAUGGCCCAGCAGAUGACCACGCAGGCCAUGUCUCUCUCCGCGCAGCAGCAGCAGGCCCAGCAGCAGGCCCAGCAGCCCAAGGUUAAGCCCAUAGCGGAGCGGUUCUCCAGGGACCGGGAGAGCGAGCGAGACAGAGACCGGGAGAGAGAGAGGGAGAGGGAGAGGGAGAGGGACAGGGACAGGGACAGGGACAGGGACAGGGACAGGGACAGGGACAGGGAGAGGGAGAGGGAGAGGAGGAAGGCACGUAGCCCCUCGACCUCCCCUCCCCGCCCCGUGUCCCGGCCCAAGGUGUCCCCAUCCAAGCACACCCCGAAAACCAAAAUCCGUGAGCCUCAGCCGGAGAAACACGUGGACGACUCUGAUCCGGAAGAUCCAGAAAACUUUAGAGACAAGAUGAAUUACUUCCAGAAGAAAGGCACUGAGCCCUCAGCCAAAGCCCCGCCCUCUAAGCCUGCUCACUCCCCAGCAAGAAAACCCUGGAAACCGCCCGCCUCUUCCCCUCCAGCCCCCGCCUCCCCACCCCCAUCCCCAAAGCCCCCGGCCCUGCGCCACCACUCCCCCCCGCCCCAGCGACGCCCCUCGGUGGUCCCCUCGUCCCCCCAGACCGAGCCCACCACCAGCAUCCGGGACAUCAUCAAGAUGUACAACUGCCGCCCCGUGCCGGAGCCCAAACCCUUUGAGCCCGUCAGAGUUCCUGGCCGCCAUUUUGUCAAGAAGAACGACCCCAAGGAGGAAGCACUGGCCAUUCUCAAAAGUAAAGGACCUCCACCGAAGAAACAUUGGCACCCGCCCCCGCCCCCGCCCAAGGCCCCGCCCUCCCCCACGCCCCCCCGCUCCAUAUCCAACAGCAUGCGGGAGAAGCAGGGCUUCCUGGCCAACCUGUUCGCCAACAAGCUCGCCCAGAACCCCCCACCGGCGCCACCGGAGCCUCCUCCAAACAGCUGGAGUCCGCCCCCCUCCCCGCCGCCAUUCAUCCCAGAAGCGCCCUCCAUGGCGGCCCCCUCUCUAAAUUCGAUGCCUGACGACAGUGGCAUCCGCACACAGCUCCACCGCUUCAACGCCAGCGUCUACUUCUCCUACUCCGCCAUGAUGGGGAAGCUGUUCAUACGCAAGGAGGUGUUCUAUCCCAGAGAGAAGUUCAACCAGCAGUACGUCCUCAACCUGCUCUGUGAACAGAUCAUGCGGGACACGUUUUCAGACAGCUGCAUAAGGAUCACCCGAGAGGAGCGCAGGAAGAUGAAGGACCUUCUCGGGAGUUUCCACGUCGGCACCAGCAUCAGCAGCAUCCAGGACGACAGCAUGAAGAAGAGGAUCGUCAUCGCAGCCCGCGACAACUGGGAGAACUACUUCACCCGUCUCUUCCCCGUAGAGGCCGGCAGCGGGGACACCCAGGUGCUGGGGGUCUGCCACCGGGGGGUCCGCCUGCUGAAGGUGGUCAAGGCCUCAGGGAUCAACCCUAAACACCUGCAUCUGCUCCGGAGCUACAGUUUUGCCGAGAUGCUGUCUGUAGGGCUGAGCCAGAGCAACACGGUGGAGCUGGAGGUGAAGAACGAGACCAUCCAGCUGCAAUCACCAAAAGCCCCGCAGAUAGUCAGCAUGAUGCAACUCUUCCUCAGGGAGCUGAUGAAGGACUCGAACCAUGUGAUCGCCUGGAAGAGCUACAUCACAGACGACAAGAGUCUCCUCAGCUUCUCCAGAGGGGACAUCAUCCAGCUGCUGCCAAUGGAGAGGCUGCAGACAGGCUGGCGCUUCGGCACCUUUCGGGGCCGGUCCGGGCUCUUCCCCGACGAGCUCACCCAGCCGUCCGCCGCCCCGGACUACCACCACGUCCACCUGGAGCGCCGGGUGAACAGGCGCAAGAGCAUGAGGGCGCCCGCCGGAGCCCACGGCCAGCGGCCCCGCAGAGAGGGCUCCGUCCAGGGCUCCGUCCAGGGCUCCGUCCAGGGCUCCGUCCAGGGCUCCGUCCAGGGCUCUGAGAUGGAGCUGGUUCAGCACGGCCUCAUUGGGUUCGCCACCAGGUUCUUCAGGGUGGACACCGACGGGCUGCCAAAGACGGGGCGCGACUUCGCAGACAUGGUUCAACAUUCAGAGAAGCCCAUACAGCACUCCCUCAUCUUCUACAACGACCCUGAGAACCACAGCAAGGCGGUUCUGUGUUUCACCAAUGUGAUGCAGUUCAUGGGAGAUAUGGCGCUGAAGAAGAAAGCGACUAAGGCGGACUGCCUCACUCACAUCCUAUCGCUCGGCAAUGAGAAGGAGUCGUUGAGAGAUGAGAUCUACUGUCAAGUCAUGAAGCAGAGCACGGGCAACCCCCAGCAAGAGAGUUGCAUGCUGGGAUGGCAUCUGCUCCAACUGGUGACUGGUUUCUUCCCCUGUUCCACUACCCUGCAGCCGUACCUCAACCAGCACCUCCAACACAUCACCCAGGACCCCUCCCACGCCUACCACGAGCUCGCCAUCUUCUGUCAAAACAACCUGCUCCAGUCUCUGAGCUACGGCGGCCGCCGCAACAUCCCCUCACGUGUGGAGAUUGAGGCCACCCUGGCCGGUAAAACCACCAGAAGAGUUCCUCUGCAUCUGCCGGGAGGGGUGGAGUUCCCUGUGACCAUACGCAACUUCGGCGUGGUGGAGGAGAUGGUGGCAGGGUUCUGUGCGGAGAUAGAUGUGGUGAAUCCAGCCGAGCUCCGAGAGUUUGUCAUCCACGUUAACCGCGUCAAUGGUGGUGUGCUGCGAACCCUCAACGUGGCAGAGUACCCCUUUGACUUCCUGUUGGACGACAACUCCGUCUUCCUGUCGCUGCGGCGCGUCCUCUGGGAGACCCCGAUGAACUUCAACAACGCCCUGUAUGUGGAGUUCCACUACCAGCAGUUACGCGGGGACUUCCUGGACGGCAGUCUGAUACUGCCCUAUGACAGCGCCUCCAUGGUCCAGCAGCUGGCCGAGCUGUCGGCCCUGGAGCGAUCGGUGCAGGGUCUCCCCGGCCCGCCUUCACUGCAAGAGCUGAAGGCGCACCUCCCAAAAGACGACUUUGUCGCCAGCAACCUCAAGGAGAUCCACGCUCUCUCCCCGAGCCAGAUGGCUGCCGUGGCAACGCUGGGUCCUGAGGUCGCCAAGAUGCGAUUCAUUGAUCUCCUGAGCACCAUGCCUCUGUUUGGCUCCAACUCCUUCCGGGCCGUGAAGGUCAGCAUUCCCAGCUGCCCCUCCCCCUGCCUGGUGGUCGUCAACAAGGAGGAGGUGGCGUUUGUGCACCCCAAAACACAGGUGCGGAGCUUCGCCGUCGCACUAGCAGACGUGCAGUCCAUGCGAACCAUCCGGGCGAAGAAGCACGACAAGAUCCCAGUGGUGGAGAUAAACUACGUCUACCCAGGGGGGCAGCCCGAGAAAAUCACCAUCCACCUCAAGCAGGCCAAGGAGCUGUGCCAUAUACUCGCCGCAAUCAUUGAAGAAUAUGUGCGGCCAUCUUCCAACGUUUAGCUCUAUACACCACCUGAGACCGGAGACAGCAGAAACAGCAGUUGUCACGAAAUCCAUCGGUACUUUGAAGAACAUGACAUGAGUCUGUCAACUUUAGUUAUGAAUGGCCAGCUGUUUAUUCUUUGAGACAUGCAUCAUUUGUUUAUCUCAUUCAAUUGCAUCCAAAUGGUAUACAUGGGUUCUCGCAGAUUUUAAUAAGUUAUUUAAAACGUUAUUGCAUUAUAAUGAUUAAAUUAAUUAAGUAUAAUUUUUAAUUAUGACUUAAAUGUACAUAAGCUGCACUUCAUAAAUGUACUUUAGGGAAUGUAUUGUUAAAUUAUUAUUAUGUUAUUUGACUGAAUGCUCGAAUUUUUUAUCAAAUCAAGGCCCCCAAUGUUUGAAUGUUAAAUGAACUUAUUUCAAUUGAAUCAACUUUAUUUAAUGAUGUUCACCAGUCUAAAAUCCUCUAUCAUACGAUUUUUAUUUCACUAAAGAAUAACUAAUUUAUUCGUAAUUUAUAAGCAAAAAAGUAUUGGGCUUACAGUAUACUACGAGUAAAUAUUUACAUCAUGUUUGCUGAUUAUUUGAGGGAAUUGUUAAUAAUUCACAAUGAUGAUUGAAUGAUUCAUAAAUAUAGAUGCAGUGGAGGAUUCCACUCGUUUUAUAAAUGAUUUUGUUGAUAUUUGUCUUGCUUUACAAUUUGUUGAUUUAACUAUACCAAGUACAACUUCACUCAUAAACCUGCAGCACCUUAUAUAAAGUGGCUAAAUGCA